AUGGCGGCAGAAGCCGACUCGAAUGGGAACGUCGAGCCCGAGGAGAUGGGGGCCCCCAAGCCGACUUCCGCCGACUCCGACUCAGAGGAAGAAGGCCCGGAACGAAAGGGCGAUGGGGAAGAAGAAGAGGAGGAUGAGGAGGACGACGAGUCCGACUCGGACUACGAUUCGGACUACUCGGAUGGAGCCUUCGGCGGCGGUCCCGAGGGUGAGGGCGGCGAGAAAAAGGACGAGGACUCGCGCGAGGCGACCGUCCGCCAGUUCGCCGAAGUCCUGGAGAGCAAGUCCGUGCAGAAGCGCUUCGAGGAGGAGGAAAAGGAGUACGUCUACCACGAGGACCUCUUUGACUUCCCCCGCGACCCGGAGCGCUGGCGCGAGGAGGACCUCCUGGAGCUGUGGGCCGACGCCCCCGUGGAUAUGACCAAGCCCGGUUGGGACCCGAUAUGGGCUGACGAGGAGGACUGGGAGGUGGUGCAGGAGGAGAGAAAGGCCGGAAGGGAUCCCCCCAUCGCCCCAUUCUACGUACCGUACCGCAAACACUUUCCGGCCAUCCCCGACAAUCACCACGACAUCUCCAAUCCCAAGUCUGUCAUCGAGGAGCUUGACCGGAUCGAGGAGUUCCUUAAGUGGGUCAGCUAUAUAUUCCCCGAUGGAAGCUCGUGAGUGUUCUCCUCUCUUCCUGCCGCUUCUUCAUGUUCUCCAGUUUCUUAGCAGUGCCGUCUUAAUUUAGUGGGAGAGACAUUCCGCUUCCUGAUCAUAUCCUCUCAUGGUCACGGCUGUAAUUGUGCGUCCAUUGUCUUGGCGAAAUUCAUUUCAUUGGAUACUAGUGGCAUUUUUUGCCGUCGUCUUGUUUAGUUUGCUAUGGUUUUGUUUCUUUUUGUUGGUUGCCAAUUGUCCCAGCUUGAAUGACUGAGACUGGCAAGUCAUUUGAAUGAAUGAUUCACUGCUCUGACAUGGGAAACCCAAACGAGCCCCAUUCAAUGUUGACUCCAAAUUUGUGGACAGAAUCUUUCUGCUUUUGUGUUCUCUAUCAGACUGAUUGCACAUUAAUCCUUGUGGUGUUUAGGCGCCUACAUUUUGAUUAACAACCUUUUUCUGUACACUCCUACGAUUUUGCUUCUAUUUACCGUAUCAGAUAUCAUUUUAAGUAUUGCGAACAUGAAAACAAGUCUAUGCUAUUAUAAAGAAUACUCAGACACUGCUUGCUUCAUCAUCUUCACAAUUUUUUUAUCCAUUGCCCGUUUGAAACCGAUGCAUUUAUUGGUUCUCAGAUUUAUUUUUUUACGUGAAGUCAGUUGAGGUUCACUAACAGAUCUUGCUUCUUCUUUUCUGAAGAUACGAAGGGACAGUAUGGGAUGACUUGGCCCAUGGAAAAGGUGUUUACGUGGCUGCUCAAGGUCUUGUCAGGUCAGUACUUUUAUGAUAAAUUAUCAGACCUUUUUUGCUGUCGUUUUUCAAUAAACUUUCGACUCGUUUAAAUUUUCUGGUUUAGUACUUUGCUUUUCGAAAUGUAGGGUAAACAUCUAAAUGUCCACCAACCACGAAAAUAUGACAUAUACCUACCAUUGACAUUAGCGGGUGUGGUGAUAUAGAAAUCACUUUUGUCGGCCAUAUAUUCCUUUCACUCUAUGCAAUUCCUUGGCUUCUUCUCCAUAACUUGAUGCUCGAUGUUCCUGUAUCUUGUACCAUCCUCGAGCCAUACUAAAUAUUUCUCUUGUCCCACGGAUGCUGCAAAUCUAUCCAUUUAUGUCAUCAUCAUUAAACCGUGUAAAUAAAGUUUUUUUUAGUGGCGGUAAUCUAACCGAUUUUCUGAUGUCAAAAUUAGCUACUCAGACAUCAGAUGGGUUUGCCCAGAAUCUUUCUUUCAUGGCAUAUUGUCUGGGGAUUCCAUUCUCUAUUGGACCUUUGAUAUUGAAGUACUGUGAAAAGUUAGAUUAAAGAUCUAAUCUGGCACAUAACAUGAGCCAUUUUUCCGUUCUCUUCUUUUUUUGGUUUUUGUCUCAAGUAAUCUCGACAUCUAUUACUUCAGAUUUUAGUUUUUAACUCUGUGCAUGAAAACUGUGUCCACACUUCGUGGCAGGCGUCCAAUCGGUUUUUGUGUGUAAAUGGUAUUGAAAAUUGGUAAUGAAAAAUGAAAAAUGAAAUCUAAAUAAGUUAUAUCUUUUCACUAUGCAUGAACGUCUCUUUGAGAUGCAAUGCUGAGCUCAUGGAUACAAUCAUUUUUCUAAUUUGAUUUUUCUUUUUCGAUGACUAUGUUCGCAUUAGUAUCAGUGUCUUAGUAAUUGAUGUAUACCUGUAAUUUCCUGAAAAGUUACAAUUGCCAGUGUUUUCCUUUUGACAAUAAUUGAUUAUAUUUCCUGGUUAUAGGUAUGAAGGGGAAUGGCUUCAAAAUGCAAUGGAGGGUCAUGGUGUUGUCGAAGUUGAGAUUCCUUCUGUAGAGCCUGUACCUGGUUCCAGGUGUGUAGCAAACUGGCAAAACUUGUAUAAUGAAUCUCGGGUGUCUCAUUGCUCCCUUUCCUAUUUUCUCAACGACAAGCAAUUUGUUUGCCAUCGUUUUGUAGGCUUGAAGCUAAGAUGCGGGCUGAAGGGAAAAUUAUUGCUCGAGACUUUAUGUCGACAGAGGAUAAAAAAUGGAUGGAAAUGGACAUUGAAGACAGUGUUGCCUUGGCUGGUAACCGUGUUGAGGUUCCAUUUUACGAAAAGGAUGAAUGGGUUAAGCUAUUUGGGAGUAAACCGUAUGCGUUUACACUCCUUGAUGAUUUCAUGCACAAUCUUUGUAUCUACGUACAUACCAACAAUAUCAUUCUCAUGUCAAAUAAAACGCACUACCUUUUUAAUUGUUGAUAUGAUAUAGUUCUUAAACGAUUUCAAUUUUUCUUUGUCGUGGAUUGAAUUUUGAGGCGUAUGUUUUCCAUAAAUGGUUUCUGUGGCAUAUUAUCUUUUAAUUUGUCUGUAAUCCCUAAAAACCAAAUUGAAGCACAGGACUAUCCAGCUUCAAGUUUGGAUACAUGUGUGAUCUAUUUUUUCAAUGAAUCCAUGUUUGUUUUGAACCAAAGAAUCGUGAUAUUUAAUUAUUUUGCAUAGAACAUGCUAAGACAAUGAUACUCCAUGACCCGAGCAGUCGUCCUAUGGAACCUUAACCUUGUUUCUCAUCUAAUGAGCUUCAAUCCCCAUUCAUAAUAAAUGGCUAUUAUCCUAGAAAUCUUGAGAAAAUUCAGGGUCUUGUUUUGCUGUCAAGGAACUGUAUUAAUUUUUGUUUCUGAGUGAAAUUAACUGUUGCCUCUCUUAGCUUGUUCUGUUUUUGUGAUUGUCUUCUACUCAUCCACCAGUAAUCUAUUUUCUAAACAGGGAGAAAGGUCGGUACAAAUAUGCUGGACAAUGGAAGCACGGAAGGAUGCAUGGAUGUGGUGUAUAUGAAGUGAACGAGCAAAUCAUUUACGUAUGUAAUUAUUGAUUUGUUGUUCUCUCCUCCUCCAUUUAGAUUUCCUUUUAUUUGCAUCCCAACUGCUCUUCUCAGAGUCAUUGUUGUUGGUUCGGUUGCCAAGGACUUUCUAAAAUGGUGAAGUGACUUUGCAUGGUAUAUGACUACCAUAGAGUUCAUUCCCUUCAAUGAUCUGACCAGCGUCAAAGAGUUUUGGUCUAAGAUUGACAAUGCCGCCUAUAAUGCAGGGAAGAUUUUACUUUGGGGACUACCUAGAUGAUUCAACUGGUUGUGAUGCUGACAUCUCAGCGGUAUAUGACUUCCACUUCUGUCAAUUUUUGGUCAUUUGACGAAAAUUUAUGAACAGAUGUGUUAUUUCAGCUUCAUGCAGGCAUUGCAGAGGUAGCUGCCGCAAAGGCAAGGAUGUUUGUAAACAAACCUGAUGGCAGUAUGGCCUCUUGCUUUGCCUAUUUUGUCAUUUGGGUAAUUUUAAAGCAUGCAGUUGCUGAAGUGGCUUGCUUAAGAUGACGAAAUUUUAUGAUAAAUUUUCUGCACACUGAAAUCUGGUAGACCAGUUUUCUUCGGCUGGGCAAGACCUUAUCAUCAAGACUCUAAACAGGGAAUGUUACAAUGACACAUUGGUUUCAAAGAGGUCGGAAAUCAACCUGAAUAUGGCUUGGGAUCUUGGUCACUAGAUCUCGGAGAGCUAUGCUUUGUUAGAUCAUGGUUAGAAGAACGGAGCGAUGUUGGGAAGUCACGUUUUGUCAAUGAAACAUCAGGAUCGGGGGGUGCUGGUCCAUUUUAUAUCAUUUCCUGUUUUCGUUAUUCAAGAUCUUACUUUUUUGCAGUUAUUCGUUCCUUUGCUGUUGGCAAAGAGCAAAUUAUAUCAUAUAACAAGGUUUCUUUCCGUAUUAGUGAUGCUCUCCAUCUUGAGAACCUUUUUCCUCUUUUUUUUUCUUUCUUCAUUUUUUUAAAAAAGGUUUCAGACGUUAUAUUUGAUGGUUGGGUUGUCUUCCGUCUACUUGUGACGAGGUUAUUUUCGCAUCUAGGCAUUUGUGCAUAUUCUAAAUGAAAUAUAUUAAGAUUCUGGACUGGUCGGCGGUGAUCAUCUAGGAUUCUUAACAAGGAACCGCAAUCUUUAUUUAACCAUUCAAGACGAGAGUUUGUUGGCAGCCUAGUCAAAAUAUGGUGGUUACAGAUGGUUAGUCAAUGAAAAAAUAUGUGUGCGCCACUAUAGAGACUUGGCACGUCAGUUUUCAUCAACUGUGAGAAUCGUUAUCCUCUCAUAAGCAUCUUUUUCCUUUUCUAUUUUGUGUACUGUCAACUGAGAUACUUGUGCAGAGCCUUGAUGUAUAAUUUCAUCCACGUGAUUGCCAUAUGAAGUAUAUGUAUUUUUUUACGCUGGUAGUAAUUCCAUGCCUAUAUUUUAUGCCACUAAAUUUCUCCAGUCCGUAAAAUUUUCUUCUUUCGUAUGUCUCUAUCAAGAAUAAAGCUUAACCUUAUAAUUUUUGUUUGGUCACGACCUUCCUCCUAGCUUCUCAUUUCCCGUUAUUUCUAACUUGCAGUGGUAAGGGAAGACAGAGGUCCCUAUGGUGACCCUCAGCAUCCAUACUUUUAUGAGGAAGAUGAUGUGUGGAUGGCUCCCGGAUUCAUAAACCAAUUUUAUGAAGUAAGGCUUAUUCUGUGGCUUUCAUCAGUAGGAAAAAUAUUAUGUUCAUGAGGAAACCGUGAUAACUGCUUCCUGUCAGGUCCCUGAUUACUGGAAAACAUAUGUUCAAGAGGUUGAUACAGAGAGGGAAAUGUGGUUAAAUUCAUUCUAUAAGUCACCACUGAGAAUCCCUAUGCCUGCAGAGCUUGAAUAUUGGUGGUCAAAAGGUAUGUCCCUUGUCGAUGACCCAGUUUUGUUUUGCUCAUACCCUUCCUGUCAAUAAUACCAUUAGCAAUUUAAUUCUACUUUUCGAUGGAGCUCGGCGGGUUGUGCACAUACAGUUCUAAACGUCUUAGAUAGUUUCCCCCUUAGGUUCAAACAUCUUCCAGAAAAGUUGUUCAUCUGUGCAUAGCGUGGGAUAGGUGGUUGUCAUCUUUGUUGCAUUACAGAUGAACGCUUGCAGACGUCACCAUUACUUCUUAGAUGUGUUAAUAGAUAUAUGGUAUGGUUAAGUCAAGAUAAACUUUUGAAUAGAAUGCUUGGGAUUAUUCUCAUUGGUCAAUCUCUGUGGUAUGCUUCCUGCCAUCCGUGAGAAGCUGAGAGCUCGUGAAAGCUAUUCUCUGGUAAAGAUUUUAUGUCGAGAACAAGGAAUCAGCCACAAAUGGAUGCAUUUGCAAAGUGAACCUAUGGAAGAAUCUUGGCAGAUAUUUGUAGUCAUACUGACUUCUUUGUAUCGUAUAGGAUACUUGUUGCAUUGCUUCUCAGAUGUGUUAAUAGGUACAUGGCAUGAAAGUGUUCCUCAUACAACGAAAUAGUCCUUAAACAACCAUUCCAACAAUCUCUCCGUAGGAGAGAAAAAAACUUAAAUAAAUGUCGUAUCAACAAUCACUCUCUCUCUCUCUCUCUCUCUCUCUCUCUCUGUAGCGCAUUUUACAUGCCUCCCAUGUUUUCUCAUUACAUCAUCGUUUUUUCUGGCCACUUUUCAUCACGUUCUAUCUCCUCGCAAAAAUUAUGCGCCUCAGGUUUGUAUCUCUGCUUAUUCUGCAGAAGAAAGCCCUGAGUUUGUUCUCAUCAAUAAGGAACCCGAGCCUGACCCAGAAGAUCCAUCCAAGCUCAUAUAUACGGAGGACCCCCUAAUUCUUCAUACUCGAAGUGGAAGACUCAUCAACUAUAUUGAGGACGAUGACCAUGGCGUUCGACUUUUCUGGCAGCCACCAUUGAAGGACGGAGAGGAAGUGGACCCAGAAAAGGUGGAGUUUUUACCGCUUGGUUUUGGAGAGUUCUAUGGACGAGCCGUGCCACGCGCAAAGAGACAGAGUGGGCUGAUGCGCUUCGUAACUGCAAUAGAAAACGGAUUCAAGCCAGUAUCCGACAGACUGGAGAAGUGGGCUGAGGAGAGGAAGAAAAAAACUGAAUUGGAUCUCAAACUGAUAGACCAAGAGCUCGAGUUUAUUGAGGCUGAGAUCUGUCUUGAAGAGGCCAUCGAGGAUAUGGAACUGGAAUUGAAGAUGAAGCAGGAAGAGGAGGAGAAGAGAGGAGAUGACAGUUCAUCCACUUCGGCUGCUGGGAGUGCCGCUGAAUUAGAUGAGGGAGAAGAAGAGGAACAGGAGGAGGAGGACAAUGCACCAUCCAGCUUUGGCACAGUUUCUGGAGAAACGACAGACAGCAAGCCAAGGAAGAAUGGGUUUUUAUCUCUCUCCUUGUCCCUCCCCUCGGUGUCAGUGGUGAGUUCUUGGCGUUCCCUUAGCCUUUUCCGACACUGACUGGUUACGCUGUCUAGUAGAUCGCCGUGUCCUGCAUCUAUUACCAGGUAGCCUAGUUCAUUAACGGGCAUCCUUGAAACCCUUAUUUACAUUUUGUAG